AUGACGAGCAUAAGUCGGAAUCAUGAUGAUCCAUCAUCGACAUCUAGCAGUAGUCAUAGCAGUAGUAAGAGGAUCAAGAGUAAUGAUGUGAAUGUGAGACCUUGGUCAGACUUCAACCAUGAUGUGCUUUCAUUAGUAAUGAUGCAACUUGGAGUUAUCGAUUUUCUUGCAUUCAGUGGAGUUUGCAAGUCAUGGAGAUCAGUAGCACUCAGUAACAGGAAAAGGUCAUGUGUUGGAAUAACAUGCGGUUACUUGAUUUUGUUCAAGAGGAAAAAAAGAGACUUUUGGCUUGUGAAUCCUAUCACUCGUCAUGAAAUUCGUUUCCGUCCUGUACCUUCUGCAUGUUUCUUUUAUGCUACACCAAAGAUCAUUGCUGUCCUUGUCAAUUCACCCUCAAUAUCUACUAACCGUGUGCUUGUUAUGUUAAACAUUGACCUUAGUAAAAUAUGGCUUUCUAGUUCUACAGCAGCUGAGGGAUCAUGGAAUCUUGUCUCAUCCACUUUCUAUAUCAAAUAUUUACAUGUUUUCAAGGGGAAGAUAUAUACCAUAUGCUCCAAAGAUUAUUCAUCGAAAGUAAGACAUUUAUGUGAACUUACACUGAAUCCUAAGCCCGCAUUGACGUUGAUUGAAACCAAGAAUUUUCCUAAUGAUGUCUUAAAUUUCCAGAAGCUUGUAAGUUCAGGUGAAAACCUUUAUGUGAUGGAAAGCUUCUCAUUUGGUUUGCACAAUGUUCAUGAACUAGAUUUUGGAAAAAAGGAGUGGGUGCGCUUUGAAGAGACAACAGGUGAACGUGCAUUUUUUCUUAGCAAAUUCAGACAUAGUGCUGUUGAUAAACCAGAGUUGUGGGCUGACCCUCGAUCGCAACGUGGUCAAUGUUAUUUUACUAAUGAAAAUACACAUGGCAAAUUCUUCACUAUGGAUCAGUGGUAUUUUCCUCAUGAAUGUUGA